AUGGGCGCUGUGAGGAGAACCAAGACGAAGCGCAGAACCAGAGACUAUGACCAGGUCCGCGCGGAUGUCGAGAGCUCGAAGCACCUUUCUCAGUACAAGGCGACCAAAGACCCCGAAGACCUCCCCGGCUUAGGGAAGCACUACUGCGUCGAAUGCGCCAAAUGGUUUGAGAGCGACUACAACCUUGUGGCCCAUAGGAAAGGCAAGAAUCACAAGAGAAGACUCCGCCUACUACGUGAAGAGCCCCAUUCGCAGAAGAUUGCCGAGGCUGCUGUAGGCCUGACCACCGAUAAUGGCCCACGCCGGCAAGAGGGUGAUGAAAUGGUCAUGGACAGCUAG